CCCAACCCUAUACUACAUGGGAGGGGAGUAAAAAAUUGGUCUCUUCCAGUCCAUUAACCUGCAUUGCUGGUGGAAAAAUGGCACGUCCUUUCAUUCGCUGUCUCAGACUUGUAUUUUAUAAAGUGCCAUUUGGGGUAACUCUGUCCAGGAACUGUGUGCAAAUAGUUCGUCCAGUUUGCAUGACUUCAGGAUUGCAGUCUCUGACACGAUACGAUGAUACACAAGUAACCGUAGACUGGAAGAAGAAGCUGACCCCAGAACAGUAUGUGGUAACAAGGGAGAAGGGCACAGAGAUGCCAUUUAGUGGGAUCUAUUUGAACCACACUGAGGAAGGCAUGUACCACUGUAUCUGCUGUGACAUCCCGCUCUUCAGCUCCAAGUCCAAGUAUGACUCUGGGACAGGCUGGCCAUCAUUCACCCAGGCCCAUGGGACAUGGGAAAAUGACGAGAAUCAUGCCAACAUUUUGCGAAGACCUGACAACUCGCUAGGUAGUGAGGCGACAGAGGUGAUAUGCAAACAGUGCGAUGCACACCUAGGUCACGUGUUUGAUGAUGGACCGGACCCCACGGGCCAACGAUUCUGCAUCAACAGCUUGGCCCUGAAUUUCAAACCCAAAGUUAAGUAGUGUGAUUGCAGAAAAGGAAAUUCCACUGAAAGACACCGGUGUUUACCCUAUUCCUCACCUGAAAACCUACACUUACAUGUCACAAAGUUUUCAUAUAGAUCCCUGCUCACCAUCGUUGCUUUUAGUGCAUGACAAAUAUUUAGUAAUAGCAUUACAAGUCGAUUUGGAGCUUUGUUUCUUGCUUUUAGUGCAUGACAAAUAUUUAGUAAUAGCAUUACAAGUUGAUUUGGAGCUUGGUUUCUUGCUCCCCUCCCCCCCCCACCCCGUACCUCUCCACAUUUCAUUUACGCAUUUCCUGAGGUUUUCACACAAUACUCUAAUAAAUAAGAACAACAUGUUACAAGUGGACUGAAGUCAGAAAUUGUAUUGUUCAUUUUACAUUACAGGCAUUUUAUCAACA